GAAAACCUUUCCCUUUCAUGGCAGCGGGAGCUGCGAAUGCCGUUUUGAGCUCAAAGGCAAGAUGUGCACUGCUGUAAGGAAUGUCCCCUGCCUUUGAGGCAGUGAAACUCCGAGGGCCUAAUCCUGCAGCUUCCGAUUCUCUGAAAAGCCCUUUCCUGCGUGGAUGGGCUCUGUGCAAGUUCAACACCUAGCUCGGGGAGCAUCGUGCGACUCCAUGGUUGCUGAAAAGUGCCUUUCCUGAAGCCACCGCUGCUUGGAUUUCUGUCUAGGGCUGCCUCUCUCUGCCCCUCGCCCUCCUCUCUUUAAUUCGGCGUUGCUUGCGGUUCGUGCCCUGACGGCAACUCCUCCAGCCUUGCCCAUUUUUUUUUUUCGCUCCUCAUUUACACGCAAUUUGCUCAGCCAUUUUAUUUUUUUCCCUUGCCCGAGUAUGUAGCAAAUAUUUAAAAGAAAGAAAGAAAGAAAAAUUGAAACGUCCUUUUGCUCGUUUUGAUGCUCGUGAACCGUAAUUUUUAGAAGCAAGAAAUAGAAGGAAAAAAAAAAAGACAAAACAACCCGAAGUUUUCUCCCCAAGGACCGAGACCAUUCCACAAGCUGAAGUGCUGCCAGCAGCAUAUGCUUUUUGCAAGAAUAAUUGAAACCAUUAACUGGAGAGCACAGAAUUCUUUUGAAAGUCUGCCAGUUAUUUGCAAGUAACUUCGGCAGUGGCACAAAAUAUAACACUUAUAUUUUAACUUCUACAAUUGCACUUUUAGGAGCUGGCCUCUAAUUUGAUUUUCAGUUGUUCUGAUAAGAUUUCUAUUUUAUGAUUGGCUUUAUGUUUAAUUCUUGUUUUAAACAAACACAAUUUGACUUAAAUGAAAACCUAAGUGCUGAUGAAUAGGAGUUCUACCAAAGCAACGAGUUAGUUAUUUCUUCACAUUUAACUUGAAUUCACUUUUUUAUCCUUUUUUUAAAAAAAAAAAAAAAAAGAAAAGAAAAAAAAGAUCAGUAAACAUUGCCCUGAAGAAGGGUGCGAUUGCUUGCAUUUUAAUUUUUGUUUUUAAUAUGGCUGUAAACGUUUCCCUGGUUCGUGAUACAAAAUGGCUGACGUUAGAAGUGUGUCGAGAGUUUCAGAGAGGUACUUGUUCUCGGUCUGAUGCAGAGUGCAAGUUCGCCCAUCCGUCACGGAGUUGCCAUGUGGAAAAUGGUCGAGUUAUUGCCUGCUUUGACUCCCUAAAGGGCCGGUGUACCCGAGAGAACUGCAAAUAUCUCCACCCUCCCCCACACUUAAAAACACAACUUGAAAUAAAUGGACGCAACAACCUGAUCCAGCAGAAGACAGCCGCGGCCAUGUUUGCUCAGCAAAUGCAGUUCAUGCUGCCAGGCGCGCAACUACAACCCAUUACGACGUUUCCUGUGACUCCAUCGCUUGCAACGAGCCCCACGAUGGCAUUUAGUCCUUACCUGAGUCACGUUUCUCCUGGGAUGGGCUUGGUUCCUGCAGAGCUUUUACCAAAUACUCCUGUCCUGGUUUCUGGAAAUCCUACUGUUACAGUGCCGGGAGGCUCUGCUGGGCAGAAACUGAUGCGUACGGAUAAACUGGAGGUUUGUCGAGAGUUUCAGCGUGGAAAUUGCACACGUGGUGAGAAUGAUUGCCGCUAUGCUCACCCUAUAGAUAUUGCAAUGAUAGACACAAAUGAAAAUACUGUUACAGUUUGCAUGGAUUACAUCAAAGGUCGAUGCUCUAGGGAGAAAUGCAAGUACUUUCAUCCCCCUGCACACCUGCAAGCCAAAAUCAAGGCAGCUCAACACCAGGUGAACCAGACAGCUGCAGCUGCGAUGGCCCUGCCGCCUGGUGCACUUCAACCUUUACCAAAGAGGCCAGCACUUGAAAAAAACAAUGGUGCCACCACAGUCUUUAACCCAAGCGUUUUCCACUACCAACAGGCUCUAGCCAACAUGCAGUUGCAACAGCCUACAUUCAUCCCUACAGGGUCAGUUCUGUGCAUGACACCCACUGCAAGCGUUGUGCCCAUGAUGCACGGUGCUACGCCCACCACUGUGUCUGCAGCAACAACUCCUGCCACCAGCGUCCCCUUCGCUGCAACAGCUACCGCCAAUCAGAUAUCCCAGUUAUCAGUAGAUGAACUGAGUAGCAGCAUGUUUGUUUCACAGAUGUAGAAGUUCCCGAUAGAACACAGACUAUGUUGAAAUUCUGAACAGUAAAAUCAUGGAGCACCAGGACUUCUUGGUGGGAAGCUGCGCAUGGCCUUUCUGUAUAUAUCCCCACUUCCCUCUAUUGUUCUCUACCACCUCUACAGUAAGCCUGUUGCAGCCUACAUGUUAACCAAAAACUGAUCAAUGGGAAUGUCAAAAAAAAAAAAGAAAAAAAAAAAAAGGAAAAAAAAAAAGCACUAUAGAAACAAUUAACAAACAGCGCUCUGUUAUAUGAGAUAUACAAGUAGAAAAUUAUAAUAGACUUUUAUAACACCUUACUUUAACACACUUAAUCAUUUUAUGACUACCAUCCUGAUAAGUGCAUCUGCACAGCGGACUGUUGGUUUACUGUAUACUAUCGAUGGAUAAAUGUUUGUCUUGUUUUUAAAGUGUUAUCUUACUGUUUUGUUUACAUCAUAGUCUAUUGAUUUUAAAGUGUACAUCAUUAUCAAGUAUACUCAAUACCAUUUUUUCAUUAUUGUUAUGUCUUAAGUUUUCAUAUACUGUAGGUUUUAUGGGGUUUUGUUUGUUUUUUACUAAAAAUGUUAUUGUGGGAAACAGGAAUUAUGUGCUUGAAAAACACGACACAGGAAUGUUCUGCCCUUUGCUGGAUUUUGCUGUUAAUGUCAGCUAAAGUUGCUUGUGUUAAAUGCUCCUUUUAUCAUUUAAAGUUUGCCUUCAGAUAGCAUCUCCUAUAGUGUGCUAUGAAAGGACAGCCGUCAUUUUAGUCCAGUUCAGGGUAUUCCUUUCAAUUCUGGAAAUUUUUGGAAAAAACAUCACAAUAUCGCAGAAGCCCGCGCUCAGUCAGGGGCAGGAACGCUUUGCUCAGAUAGCAGUAAGCAUCAAGGGAUUUCUGCACUUCUGUUGGCCAUUGAAGUGCAUUUUCAGCUGCAAACGGCGCACAAUCUCUGGCUGUUCUCAUGGUGCAGUCAAACAGAGAGAAGAAAGGUGGUAAAGUGAGACAGCUUCAGCUGGGCAAAGACUCCCUGCGUUGGAGAGGAGCAAACGGCACCGUUAGCUGGAGGGGGCCCACAGUGUGACUUAGCCCAAGUUGGGUAACACCAUGUCUGGGGGCUUGUCCCACUAAGCACAUUGAAACAUUUCGGCUUGAAAUGUUAUGUGGCUCUUGAGAUUUUGUCAGUGUGCACUGAUUAUUUAAUUACCAUUUUCCAGAAGUGGAUGAUUUUUUUUCCCUGUGAUCUCUGGCCCUCUAAAGCAAACAUAGCAGUAACACAGCAGGAGAAAGCUCAGCAUAAGCUUUCUACCGUAGAUAAACAUUCAUCUUAACGGAGCUCCUGUAGGUCAGUGGAUAUACUUUGGCACCUUCUACUUGAUCAAGAGUAAUGUUUGCCACACAACAAGGGCUAGUUCUCGAUACCUCCUUUUCAUACGCACGAAUAGAACAAUUUCCAGCCUGUGCACCCUGGAGAGCCCAGCCUGUCGUUACGCUGCAUUGCUGAACAAUCUAGCUGCAGAAUGCAUUUUGGUUGAGGAUACAACCAAAUUCAUCCCUGUCAUAGCUUUACAAUGUCAUUGGCGUUAUGGAAGAGAGCAAGAGGCCAGCGCCCGGUGUCGGGAGGGCUGGCUGCCCCGAGCUCACCGUGUUCCUGUAGGGUGUCAAAUUUUGAUAACCAGAUUGUAUUUUCUUUUCCAAGUCCCUUAUCUUGGUUCAAGGCUCUCCUUGCCCCAGCUCCUUCAGUGUGACCACAGAUAGUUUGCUAGAUGUGUUUCUCCAUGGACCAAAAGUGAUGGAGGGGCAUGUUAGGGCACAACUGGUGUGUCCCAGCGCACGCUCUGACCGUCUGCCCGUGGAGACUCAUUCCUAACAAGAACCUUUGUGGAGCCCAGCUUAAAAAGACCUUGAGCCCAAAGGAAUCUCUCCAUUCAUUUCAGCAGGCUUUGAACCAAACCCUGAGAGAGGGGGAAAAAACAUCUCCACCCCAAGACCCUCCUUCAUGAGCCCCCAGUCGCAUCCAUAGAUGUUGCCCAGCCGUCGGUGUUCACAAGCAGCAGCGUUGCCUGUAAUCAGUGUCUCUCAUUUAUAUUGGCAACCGCAUACCUGUUUUUUUUUUCACCACUGAGUUUCUGUUUCCCAAAACCAUAACGUUGUUAGUGGAAAAAGUGGAUUUGAGUACUUCCUGUUUGAAAUUAUUUGUGUAUCAAAAAAUGGGUUUUGCACAACCUGUGCCAGUGCCUCAACAAAGAACAGAGCUGAUCUUCUUAAGCCAGAAAGGAUGCAUUCAAGCUUGUAUGGCUUUAUGAGUUCAAGGAGGUUGGAAUUUUUUCAGUGCUAAAUGGAUUUUUGUAUAUCUUGACACUUUGAUGUAACCUCCUAUUUUAUUUAUCGACUUAAACAUCUGGCAUAGAUGUGCAUAGAAUGUAAACCUAGAAUACAGCUGUUUUCAUGUCACAUUUAAAGCACUGAAAAAAUACAAAGCAUUUAAGGAUUAUUUUUUAUUAAAGAGGUCCAAUGAGGGAUGUUCAGGGUAGUUAUAUUAGGUGCCACAACAGUUUUUAUAUUGCUGGCAAAUUUAGAGUUAAUUUGUAAAUGCGUUUAAGGAAAGAAAAGCUUGAAGCACUAAACUUCACCAAAUUCAAAACAAUCUUGGCAAAAAUGCCAUUUUGAGGUAGCACUAUUUAAACUAGUUGUGCAAUGACUUGCUCUAAUUUUCUUUGUUCAAGAAAGAAAAAAAAAACCAGUCGCCAGACUAUAAAUUUCCUAAAUAGAAUAUUACAAAGUCACCAAGCUAGUUAGUGACUCUAAACAAAUGUCAUAAAAGCAUGAAUAUCAUCCUUUAUUUGACAAGAGAUGUAUGUAAGUUUGUUUAAAUCAAUAUAAUUUUAGUGACAUUUUUAUAAGCUUCCGACUUUCCAUGAACCUAUAUUUUUUAUUUAUCCAAAGUUAUUUCUCUUUGUCCAUUUCUCUCAGCCUUAUGCAAACAAUAUGCAAGAAAUGCUGAAACUUGGAUAAAACGGGUCAUGCAGAGGGAAAAUGAAAGCUGAGAUUGAUCAUUUUCACAAAAAAAAGGUUGUUAGUAGUUUCAAUAAAAAGUACUACUACUAAACUGUAACAUAAGCAGACAAUAAAAGAGGGAUUUAAAAUAAAAUGGAUUCGUAAAACUAUUAAGAUUAUUUUUGUUAAAUACAGUGGUUUUAGUAAUUUGGAACAUGAUUUCGCAAUCAGUCGUGUUUUUUAGUUGGAGAUCUCUAGCCGAUGAGUUUUUUUGACUGUGUAUUUCUGCAUCGCGGUGUUCUGGAAACCGUUACCUCCCUGGGCAGCCCACGCCGGCCCCUUCCCCAACACCCCAAAGCGCUUUUUUUUUGGUUGUUUUGGGUUGGUUUUUGCUCUCUGCCACCCCCGUCCAUCUCGCACUGCGCUUGGAGUGUUCCCGAACCCGGCAUCGCCGGGCUGGUCCCCAACCGCACCGGCAUCCCGCGGGGGAUCCUGCCGCAUCCCGCCCGCGCUGGACCGGACCCACGCUGGACCGGACCCGUGCCGGAGGUGGCGAUGGAGACGGGGACGCGGCCGGUGGAUGCGGCCGGACAGGAGAGGACGAACAGACGGGCUCUAGGACGGGCGGUACAGACGGAUUGAGAAACUGGAGUCCUCGUUUUGUUUAUCCCUUGUACAUUUCACAGACAUGACAAUUGAGGAGGAAAAACAAACAAAAGGUGAAAUUUAUGAGGAAAAUCUUAAUUUCCCAUUCCUGUUGAAUGGAUUUAGUUUGAUAUUGACCUGAUUUUACCAUGUGCCUGUUGAAGGCCUUAGAGUAUAUACUGUAUGUUAAAGACUGUAAUAACUUUUAAAGAAAAAAGUUGAUAGCCUAAUCCAAAUGUAAAUAUAGCUACAACGCAUUGUUCCUAGGCUACAACACAUUAAUUCAUGUCAUAUAUUUUCAUUUCUCUACCAUUAGUUUUUAAGGUUUUCAUUAUUGCUUUUUUUGAUAUCUUUAGUAACUAAUGAAUUUAAUUUUGAAGGAGAGUUAGAGAAAGUUUAAAGUUUUUAAUACAUGUAUUCAGCCCAUUUAGUUAUAUUCUAAGCCAACACUGAAGCAUGGUAAGGUAUAGAAUACAGUCCAUAACUAGUUUGUAUAGUUUACAGUUUAAGAACAAAUUAACUUUGUAACUCCUACAAUGAUAGAUUCAUUGUUAACUAAUUAUAUUAAGUUGUUGUUGCUAUGGCAACAAAACUACAACAUGGCUACCUUUGUAUACAUUAUUUGUGAAAUUUUCACAUGUAAAUUAAAAGUGAUGUGUAACAGUAUGAGCUUGUUAAAGGUACAGUUCGAUACUGUCAGAUAAAGAUAUGAUUGAAUAUUUUUAAAAUCCCAAAGUCCCAUGUGAACGCUGAAUUUGUGUCUUUAACGUCACUUUUUCAGUCAAGAAGUUUACAACACAUGGAUUUAGAGUCAGGUUUUAUAGCUUGUAGAAAUUGUUGUGUGGCAAGGGUUAUUCCACAGUAUUUUCACUCCGAAAACACGACAGCCUGUAUUUACGACAUAGCGACCGGUCUUGCUUUCAUUUCACGUUUAUUCACACGGUGGGAAUUCAGAAUUAAGCCGUUUCAGUACUGUAGCUCUGCCUGCAAUUUUCUCCAGAAAUCGAGCACUCACGCAGUUACAUUUUGAUCAGGGCUAAAUAAUUAAGCAUAGAACUAUUUUAAUACUAAUUUAUAUUAGCAAAAACUGUACAUAAGAAACAAAAAUAUUGUGGAAUGACCCCGUAACAGUGUUGAAGAUACAAAUAUGCUGCAGUUAAACUGAUUCAGUUAGUGUACGAAUGUGUGAGACACACCUUUUUUGCACUUAUGUACAUAGUCCACGAAAGAAAUCCUUGGAACUUAUUUUGAAUAUAAAAAGUCUGUAAUAAUACAGGAAAAGUUUGUAAAAGAGAUAGGUAUUACUAAGGCUUUGAAAAGGAGGAGUUUUUUGCUAUAAAACUUAUCUGAAAGCAUGAUGUUGCUUUGCUGUUGUAAAAGCUUUGUAGUUUGCCAUAGCUUCUUAUACAGCAGACUGAGAACAGGUCAGCUCCAACCUGCAGCACGGAGAAAUGGGAAACAGUGCUUAAUUAAUUAGUAAGGUCACUAGCAAAGAUUUGAAUCGCCUUUUCUUCCUUUUUUUAAUCGGCCUACAUUUUCAAACAUGCCCUAGGUCACGUUUCUGAUAGGUUGUGUUCUCGGUGAAUCCUAUUAGGACCCAGAGGUCCAUGGCAACGUACACACAUUUUUCAUAGCACCUAAUCCUAUUUCUAGCUGGAAGUGUUUAUCUGUUGGAGGUGACUGUCACUGCAGCGAGUGUGUGAGAUCCCAGAGGGAAUUUGAAAUGUCACAUCAUGCUGGUUUUGUAAAUUUUGUUUUAUGCUUUUGGGGCAAGGCAGCAAAAUGGAAGGGGCUGGCAAGCAGUGGAUGGAUGGGGUUGGUGUUGGGUUGUUUUAGGCUUCUUUCUUCUGCUGUGCGACAGCUGUGGUGGUCAUUGGAGAGGGACAGAGGUUGUGGCGGGGAGGUGGAGGCUGAUGGCAGCGGUGUGGUGCUUCUCCCUGGGGUUAACAAGCCCCGUGGAGCUGCCGUCAGAGGAGAGCACAGCCGUGGUCCCCCAGCCUCCCGUGUCCCUCCCCACAGCACUGGUGACACUGCCCGGGCUCAGCAGUACCGGCGAGUUUGGAGAAGCUGAAGUGCCUGUGCUGACCUGUUUAUUUUUGAUCGGAACAAGUUUUUGUGGUGGUGUUUUGUUUUUUUGCUGCUUGUUUUGUUUUUCAAAACCUAAGACCCAGAUUUAGUUUGGAAAGAUCGCUGAUUUUGCAAGGCUGCUCCCAUCUGCACCCCCGAGCAGAAGCGGUGGGUGGUGGCACCUGAUGUCACCGUCUCCCUUUCCUGCCCGCUCCGGGGUGUCACCGCCACCUGCCCUUCAGGCAGCGCUGCUGGCAUCUCGCAGGGUUCCAUCUCCUUGCGGUGCCAGCAAGUGCCCCGGCAGCCCUUGGGGCACCGCGGGGUUUGUUUAAGCAGGUGCUUUGCUGAAUCAUAUGGUCCCAGUAUCUUUAAAAACUGGGAAAAAUAAGAUGCUCCCUGCCUCUGUGACAAUAACCUGGAUUUUAAUCCAAAAUGAUCAGUUAAUUCUAGCCACCGUGCUAUUAAGGCAUCCCUGGGCCCUAAUCAGUUUUUGUAAUCAAGCUCUUUCUCAUUUAUAGGAUUAUGGGAGAAAAUACUUUGCACUAUGUGAAACGAAUUGUAGCCGGUCAAACUUCUUUUUGUUGGGUUCUGAGCAUGGUCCUGACAACACUGCUAAAAUCUUUGCUAGUGAUCUUUACUGACAUCCUCUAUCAUGAAAAAUAACUCUAGAUGGCUCUCAAAUGAGAUAUUUAAACAUGCAAAAAUAACACAACUAUUAAAUAAAAUUCAGUUAUUUUUUCCAAACACACAACAGAGAGAAUUACCUGACACCGAAUUACAAGGUUCCAGUUCUUUAUUACUGUACACAGAUGCUAUUUGAUAGUGGUGGAAGCCAAAUGAUUUUGUUGCCAUGGCUUUUGUAUCCUAGCAGAUGAGGGGAUGAUAAGACCAUUCUUAGAUCGGAUUAUGUUUGGGUUUUUUUUCUUUUCAAUUAACUUUGUUUUAAUUGUAUUUUUAUUUUGAAUCACGAACACAAACCGACACUCCCCACACUCCUUAUUGUAUCACCUGACAACAGAUCACUAUUUUUUUUAAAUGAAAAGAGAAUUGUAUUUUAGUCAAUCACUAAAAUCAACGAGAGAAUGUUCUCCUAAAUUGUUAAUUUUUAAUUUAAAUAUCUAAAAAUACUGUACUGUGUAAAGUAGAUUUUUGAAGCACAUUCUUUUCAUAGGCAUCUCUGGUAAAACAAAGUAAGGGAAACAUUAGGUAUCGAUUUAAUGGUUUAGUUUAGGAAAUAAAUACAAACAAUUACAGUUAGCCCUGUGGAAUUGUAAGAAAUUAAAAUGCCAUUGGAUCCGGACAGGCGUAGGCUCAUGCAAUAUUUCAGUUCCAUGACACGAUAGUUCAUUCCCUCAACUGCUACCAACAGGGUGUACGCUUUGAAUUUAUUUUUCUUUUUGCCACGUUAUAUUGCUGUAGUGCUUGUACGUGCUUUAGAAAUGUGCAUAAUGCGACUCAUUUUAGUAUGUUACUUCUAUAUUGUUAUUGUUUAUUUUUUGAUCUUUUAAUAAAGUGUAUAAAAUUCUUGGUUAUGUUUUUUAUGGAUCCAUAUCUACACAUUAAUAGGAGUUUACUUUCAAAACUUUUCAAGUUCCAGUUCAUUAGUCCUGAUCUUUAAAGGUUCUGAUGUAAAAAAUAAUAACUAAUGAAUUUGAUUCCGUGUUAUAUCUAAAGUGUAGAACAACAGAAUAAAUUUCUUUCCAGAAAGUACCUUCAGUAUUUUGAAUUCUGUAGCCAGUGCUUCCUUUUUAUUGGAUGCAUUUGGCCUAUCAUAUUAAAGUUACUAACACAAGAAAGACAUUUGUAUUUUAGAAAAAUAAAAAGUAAAACUUUCCAGA